AUGGAAAAAAUACAGUUUGCGAGCGAUUUGCACCUCGAAAACCACGAGAAUUUGAAAUACUUAACAGCGCAUCCAUUGAAAAAGUCUGCCGACAUAUUAGUAAUUGCGGGAGACACGGCUCCUUUCAGCCUAUAUUCCAAACUUCCUUUUUUUCAGUGGUGCAGUGAAACCUACAAACAGACUUUUGUUGUUCCAGGAAAUCACGAGUACUACGGCAGUCGUUGUGUUGAACAGACUUACUCACUGAACGAGAAGUUGUUCCCAAACGUGACAUUAGUCAACAACCAAACAAUUACAAUCAACAAAACUGAUUUCUUUUUCACAACACUAUGGUCUGAUCUUGACGUCGGACAUGAGUCCGCCAUUCAAAAGAAACUAGCGGACUUCAAAUACGUAAAAUGGUUUUCCGACCCCGCAGUCGACAAUGUACCGUAUCGCGAUGCCUUCAAGUAUUGUCGCAGAUGGUUGGAAGACUCUUUACAGAAAUCAGUCUCAGAGUACAAAGUAGUAGUCACUCACCACUGCCCCGUUUUAAGUUUGACUGUGUAUGGAAAUGAUUUCAUGGAUUCUUGUUUUAAUGUUGACAUGACUCCGUUGAUGGAUAAAUACAAUAUAACGUAUUGGAUAUAUGGUCACACACAUUCAAAUUUUAACGAUUACAAACACGGCAAUUGCACCGUCGUCUCAAACCAAUUAGGCUUUAUAGUCCUCCAAGAGCAUGGCGAUUUCCUCCAAACGAAGUGUAUUCCCUCUUCAAAGCAGUCUUCUUGUGUUCUUGUUUAA